GGGGAAAAAAUCCCCCCUUCUCACUCCACCCCAAAAUAUAAACUGGGCAGAGGCACAUUAAUAAAAUCCUCUUUUGGAGAGAGAAACUGGUCAGCGGAUCAUGCCUUGCGGGGCAGAUGGGGACUGUUGGCACUUACUCGAUCUAUUUAUAAUUAUUGAACGAAAAGGCAGAAGUGUGUAUAUAAAAAUGGUAUAGAGUUGAUUACAGCUUCCUCCCCUCACCUUCCAUAUGUCACUUGCCUUUUUAAUAUGGUAAAACUCUCUCGCACGGUGACUUGUGCCUUCAUGUUCGUACAGCGCCUAGCACCCAGCCCCUCCGGCAUGGAGGAGCGAGAGCUCGGCCACUGCCUCUUGUGGAAAGACAGCCCCACGGCACUGAGCUGCCCUAUGAACCCUGGGAAUAUUUGUGAGGAAGAGGAGAAGAGAGGGAGUUACAAAGAGGAUGGAGAGGACAAACCGAAUGCCGUGGGUCUGCAAGGCUCUGCAAAAAGCCAGAGGGGUCCCCUCUCUGCUGCAGGUGUUUCCACCCUGAGUCCCCAAGAGGCGAGAAGACGUCUGCCGUCUUGUCACCGUGCCCGAGCCGGCAGGAUGGGUCUGUGGAUGCUGAUCUCAAAACCAGACGGUGCUACGCAGCCGGUAAGGGGAAUAAAGGCAUGAAGCGCAGCGCAACCAGCGGCUGCGGUAUUGACCACAGACAGGAGGGAAGCAUUUGCCAGACGGCUCCAGAUAAAGCAAAGACUAAGAGUGUAAAAAUACCCUGGGAUUUUUCCAUCGUCGUCGUUCACGGUGUACAUCCCAGAGCACCAGAUACGGUUGUUAUAAAAAGAGAAGUGGGGGAGUGCUUCAGCGUGGACUUUUCUGUUCUGUUUCAUGAGACUCUUCCACUGCAAAUUUAAGGAAGGAUUGACAAUAUAUGAUCUGCUCUGGCAGGGGCUGGAGAAAGCCUGGGACGUGCGAGGCGCUGCACCGCGUACCGGGGCUGGAGCGAUGGAGGCAUUGCAUCAGCUCCACACGCCCUGACGUUAUUAGCCCGCAGAUGCCUCGGAAAGCGACGGCAGCAGCUCGGGGUCAGCGCAGUGCCGGGGUGGCAGCGUGGGCUGGUGCAACGGCUCGUGCUGCCGGAGCGCGGUGUCACCCGGCAAGGCGGGGAUGACUGCGGCACGGCGGCGGUGUCUCUGGCAUCGCUCAGUCCAGGGUGCGGGACGGGGAAGGUGGUUGGGAAGGAGGGAAGGGCAGCCCAGGCUGCAGGGCUGGAGGCAGCUCUUGACCCCUGGAGACCCACCUGGCUGGCAGCUUCAACGCUGCAAGACAGCGGCUGUGAUGCCCGUGCUGCAGAGGGUUCCCAAAGUGCCGGGGGGCUUCCUCAGGCCAUGAAACGUGUGGGUGUUUGUGUAUGCCAGGGACAAGGCAGCAGAGCGAUGGAGAGGCAUGUCUCCGGACCACAGUCUCCUGCCUAGUGUCUCCCAGGGUGCCCUGUGCUGCACCCACCAGCAUGGUGUCAUCCCACUCCCCAGGUAGUCGCUGCUGACCCCACCAGCUUCCCCCUCCACAUGCAGGUCCCAGCAGGCAGAGCAAGGUCCAAGAAAGAUCCUUGGGCAUGCUCUGGGAUUCACAUCUCUAUCCUCAGCCAGGCUUUCCUCCCCCUCGUCCGUGUGACAGCCAGGGGCUCGUUUGGGAUGUGAGCGUCACCCCAUUUUGCUGAAGGCAUCUCUGAGCGUUCCCCCUUCAUCCCGGUUGUGUUUCAGGUUUCCAAGGAGCAACGGGAGCAUUUCACAGCCGUUUGAGCUGAGUUUGUGUUGGGGUUCGGGCUCCUGGUACGGCCCCUGGCCUUGCUGAGCUGGCAGCAUCCAUUUUGCAGGCAGGGAUGUCAGUGGUGGCCCCGGGCCACCAGCUGCUGAGGAGGGACAGUGGCUACAUCACCUCCCAGCGCGGCAUCUCUGGAGGGGCUAAUGUGAACGCCGGCCCAACGCGAUGGCAGUCCCCAGCCCAGGGCUUCUCGCCUGCCUGUCUGUCUUUCCCAUGGCGGCACCGUGCGCUGUGGGGGUGUGUUGGGGUGGAAGUGGUAAGUGGGUUUAUUUUCGUUCGUCUCCUGGCUCGUGCUGCUCUGAGUUUGUGGCGCCCGGUAUUACUAACGCUUUCCUGCGCCAGCUGGCAGCAGGGGAUGAAUCAGAUCGGCAGCACCGCGGGGCGGACCCCUCGCCGGCUGGCUGGCUCGGGGCGAUGCCUCUGGCCAAAGCGCCGGUGAUGGCUCCUGCCUCUGCCCAGGGUGAGCCCCGGCACCAAAAUGCCAGCGGCUUGAUUUUGCUGCUGGAGAUGUCUCUGUAGCCUGUGGGGCAGGGUUGUCCCCUCUGCCCCACACUGCCUGCCCAGGGCCGGCUGGUCCCUGUCCCCCCCCCGCGUGCUGGAGGUCUCAGGUGGCUUCAUGAGCUCCUCUCUGCCCACCAGCAGCAUCCCCGACCUGGGGUCGGCUCUGCAGCCGUGAGGGUCCAGCUUAUCCUCCUGCUGCCAAAAAAACACUUUUGCGGUUGAUCGGUUCUUCUCCCCCCUGGUCAUGACAUCACAGCAGGCAGUGAAGUCACACGAUAACAUCACAGACCUUGGUGAUUCCUGGUUUCCCCACAGCAAAGACACAGAGGUGCCUGGUUCUCUCUGCUCCCUCCUGAACACCCUGGUGAUCUAAAUGGUGGGAUUUUGGUGAUUGCCUCUUCCCCCAAAAGCGUUGCCGAGGCUGCAGAAGUUGGCACACUGCUUGUCAGUGUCACCUGCCUGUGUGACCCCAGCUCCAGGAGCUUAAUUUGGAUUCUCCUGCUCGCUGCAGCCAAAAGCGUCCUGAAAAAUGUCAUGGCUGCUUGGGACCUCUGGGACAAUGGAGAGGGUCUGCCCAGAAUCUGAAGGCUUGGAAGAUGAUGAUGACGAUGAUGACAAUGAUGAUGAAUUCAGAUACCCCCGCCACUCCGCACGUCCUCCACGCCAGUGCAAGAGCUAUGGCAGCUCAGGUGGCAGUCAGGUGGAGGAUCUGGGAGAACCCAUCCCAUUUUCCCUAAAUCCCAGGCACUCUUACGUGGUGAAAGACGAAGGAGUGAAAAAUAGAAUAUAUGCCGAGACGUUGGCCAAGCAUGCACUGGAGCUUGAGGAGGACGCUCAGGAGUUUCAGGAACCGUUUUACAAAGACAUGGAAAUGCCUGGCAGCUUGUCCGAAGAUGAGGACCGCAGCUGGACCCAUCACCUUCCUGUGCAUCAAAGGUCGCAUGUUCUCCGAACGGCCAGUAUGGCACCGUGUGCCUCCUAUGGCUCUUUCCAGGGUAGCGUGGGCAAGCACUUGGGGAUGGAUGUCUUUGGCCCAUGGGCCCAUGCCAGUGACCCUUAUCUGGGGUACCCAGAGCGCACCAGGGGAGCAGACCCCCACACGCUGCAUGAGGAGGCCAUCGGGGACAGGGAGCUCCCGUCCCUGCAGCUGACCCGUGACAUGCUCAAGGAGGAGAACGCCAUGCUCAGGAGGGUGGUCAGGAGCAUGCAGAGCUCCUUGGAGAGCCAGGCGUGCGCAGUGCAGAGGCUGGAGAGGCAGCUGAAGGCCAGCCUGGCCAAAGAGGAGAGGGAAGCCCAAGAGCUCCAGUCCUUUGUCCAGCGCACUGAGUGGAGUCUCCACGUAAUGACCCAGCGGGCUCUGGAGGCAGAAAGCAACGUGGAGAAGCUGAAGCAGGAGAUCUUUAUUCUCCAGGGAGACCUGGAGAGCUCCAAGGCAGAGAACGAAAACCUGAGAGCGGGCCAAAUGACCGACCCUGGGGCAGUGAAGCACAUCAUAGACUUCGCCUUGCAGAGCCUCCACAAGAUAAUAACGGGCACAAACUGGUCCAUCAAACAGCUCACCUCUGGGGCGGAGUCGCUGCAUAUUGUUGCUGAAGUCCUUAAAUCUACCGGCAAAAUUUCCGAAGUUGAAGCAGAAAAAGAGCUAUGAAUUCAAUUCUGUGUGGGUCCUACGGAUGAGUGUAUGGACCGAGACCACGGGUCUCCCACUACAGCCUAUACUAAAACCAUUUGCUCUCACAUGCUUGAAUGUGUGUGUUAUUCUUCAUGGA